AUGGCUGUUGCUAGCUUAAAUAUGUCUCCCAUCUUCAGCGGAUACCCCUUCCAAGGCCAGGGACGUGUGAACCAGCUAGGUGGAGUAUUUAUCAACGGACGACCUUUGCCGAAUCACAUCAGACUUCGCAUCGUGGAAAUGGCGGCCUCGGGAGUACGACCCUGUGUUAUUUCGCGACAGUUACGAGUAUCGCACGGUUGCGUGUCGAAAAUUCUGAACCGAUACCAGGAAACGGGUUCCAUCCGCCCAGGAGUAAUCGGCGGUUCUAAACCACGCGUGUCAACUCCGGAAAUUGAAGCUCGUAUCGAGGAACUGCGCAAGGCGAAUCCCGGCAUAUUCAGUUGGGAAAUUCGUGAUAAAUUGAUUAAGGAUGGACUGUGCGACAAAACUUCCGCUCCGUCCGUCAGUUCCAUCAGUCGCCUGCUACGAGGUGGUCGCCGCGACGAUGUGGAUAUGCAUGGCAAUCAUUCGAUCAAUGGCAUCCUGGGAGGUUCCUCGUGUGAUGAGGACAGCGAAACCGAAUCUGAACCCGGAAUUACGCUGAAGCGCAAACAACGCCGAUCCAGGACAACCUUCAACGGCGAACAGCUGGAAGCAUUAGAAAUUGCCUUCAGCCGUACUCAGUACCCGGACGUGUAUACGCGUGAAGAACUCGCCCAGAAGACUAAAUUGACCGAGGCACGGGUGCAGGUGUGGUUCUCUAAUAGACGUGCCCGCCUACGCAAGCACAUGAGCUCCCAGCAAAUGGUGGCUUUCGGUGCCUCUCAGUAUCCUUCGCAAUUCGAGCAACAGGCCGCUGCCGUGGCUGCUGUUACUGCGUCAUCCGGAACUGGGUCGGGUUCACCAAUGGGGGCAGGCGCCUGGUCGCAGUGCUACUCAUCGUCACCGAACCAAGCUGCUUCAAUCCAUGCAUCGUCACAAUCGUCCUACAACCCGCUGGCCCAAACAAUGAUCCAUCCCACCUCAGCUACCAUGAGCCCUCCGGCUUCGAUGAGUCCGCCUAGCUCCAUCAGCCCACCGGUGUCGCAUGCCGGAGCUCACUCCACCUCUGCGUCACCCAUUCCACACACUUCCGCAACUAGUGGAAUCACCGUAGCCGGUAAUGGCACACAGUCGACCGGAUACAACUACUUCUCCAUGUUGGACAGCAACCCGCAACAUGUCCAGUUGCAUCCACAUCACGCCCACGCCACCCAUCACCAUGCCGGUCAAAUUAGUGCCGCUCAAUCGUACGCAACAGUCUACUCACCCGCCACAACCACCGCCAACAUUGAUACCAACACGCAGUGGCAACGUUCUGGCAGCGUUUCGCACAAAUCCUCCGCCAGCGAGUGGGACGCUUAUAGCUCAUUUUUCUCCAACAACAUGAGCCACCAUCAUGCACACAGCCACCCACACUACUCGUCGGCGGCGGCAGCUGCAGCGGUAGCGGCCGAGGCUAAGUCUGGCUAUCCCUACUUCGGGCAGCUAGGAGGACUAGAAAUGAGUCGACUGCACUGUUAG